UGAAAAUAAAUCAGCACCAGUAAGAGAAGUCCGUUGUAAGCCGCCUCUCUGCCGUCGCAACACCCUGGACGCAAUAAUCUUCAACAAAAUGUGCGACCAAGCCGACGAGGAGGAUUCCGAUAACGAAAUAAAAUUAGACGAUGAUUCAAACUCCCCUUCCUCGGCCCCGGCGGGAAAUUUCGGACCCGCUAACGCCAAAGAUAACACUCGCAAGUGCAAGAGAAGCUUAAAAUUAACUCGGAAAAGCGAACGGGAGAUUAAAUUAGACAUGUCCUCUGAUUCCUCAGUAAAUCACCAAAACAACGACGUUAAUCCGUCCACGCCAACCUCCGUUACCAGAGAAGACAAUAUCAUCAGCAACAUGACUCUUCUCUGCGGAGUUAUCGAGACGAAAAAUCGGUUCCGGUGCCUCAGGUCCAAGCCCGUGGAGGUAGAAGCCCGGAAAGAGGCCGAUGAAACCGUUAAAUUCUUCCUGGCCAAUGAUUCCGAUGAAGCUGCUGAUAGAGUCAGUGAAAGUGAUGACAAGAAAAUCGUCGGCAGAGAAAUUUUCCAUGAAACUUUUUCACACGCGAUUCACUUGUCAGCCAAUGACCGUGAGCGCAACUGUUGCCGGCAAAUAAGCAGUGAAGAAUCUCGUUGGCAAAACGAGCUGAAAGACCUGAUCUGGCUGGAGCUUCAGGCAUUCCACGCUGACCGUAGUCUGGUGGAACAGGACGAGUUUCUGUGCAGACAACGGGACGCGAUCUGCCCAUUGCUCACCGAAAUCCUAAACUACAAAUACGACCCAGCGUCAAGCUUGAUAGAGAACGGAUCAGCGACAUCUAGCGCAGAUUCCGGAUUCGAAGGUUCCCUGGUUCCGUCGCUCCCCUCACCAUUCUUGGGAUCAGAUCCUGAGUUUUCCCUGGCAUGCUACGGCUGCCUGUCAAUGCACUGCAUCACCUGCCGGCAAUGCCAGAUUACCGCGCUUAGGCAAGUAGAAAGCCUGCUUAUCCGACUGCAGACCGCGGAAUCCUUGUACCCAUCUUCUCAAGCGUUUGCAGCGCACUACCCGCAGUACAAGAGUCCAGAAUUCACCGGUAGGGUCAAGGCCAUGUGUCUCUGGUACAACAUGAUGCGUCGUCACCGUCUGAAGCUUAGAAUCCUCCGUAAGAUGCUAAUCCCCGGGCCAAAACCAUCCCGAGACUCAGUAGACUCGAGCAUGGACCCUAAAUUUGAGAUCUUCGACUUGGAUUCUCCAAAUCCUUGCGGCUCGCUAAAGUCCACCUUCAUCUACUUCGACGAGGGACAUCUAGAGCAAUUAGACUUCGACACCACCGAGAUAGAACGGGUUUCCUACCGCCGGUACAUUGAAGAUGUCCUUAAAACCCGCGGGCUCAGCAAAUCCCUGAACUUCUUGGAGCGUCUGCAUAUGUCGGUCUUGAGAAAAGCCAACCUGGCCCUGACUAAGGACCAAACUAGCUCCAUUUACGAAGAAUACGAAGAUCUGGAUCUGAAGCGAUACGGCUUUUGGAGCCCAGAAUCCCAAGCUCUGAAUCUCCCUUCGUAUGCCAACGUGUUCCUCUUCCUGUCAAGAGUUCCCCUGGACAUCGUCCACGAGUUUUUGGAGAUGCGCCUCCAGCAGAAGCCAGUGGCUCCAGGAGCGCUUAGCGUUAGACAGCUGAUGAGAGAAAUGCGGGAAGGCUUAAAAAUAGCUUGCAUCUAUCGCGACAGGUUCUUGGCCCAUUCCCGAACUGUGGCUGAAGCUGGGGAGGUUGAUAUCGCUGCUUUUGAUGACAGCCUUCAGAAGGUGUUUGUCGUUUACUUGGACUACCUUAAACAGUGGGUUGAAAUGGUACCUUGCGGAAACUACCAGAAGGGUUUGAUUGAUGACGAAUGGACAUUUGUCAAAUCAAUAGCCAGGAACAUCAAGAACGGAUUCACGAUAGGCGGAGUCAAGUUCUGCGAGAUAAACGGAGUGAUGAUUCACGAAGUGAUCGAAUUCUUGGGCACCAGACCCUUAGAAAUCGAAGAAUCUAUGGCGGAGAUUGAAGAGAGUGAGGAUGUAAGGUACCAGUUCAUGUCUCUGGGUCGGGAAUGGCAAGCAAUGUUCAUAGAAGCUCGCGAGAAGCUUACUAAGAGUCUUCUUCUGACCCGGUCGUUGAAGCGCGACUUGGACCAGAGUCCCAACGAUGAUCUAACGACUGCUUUGGAUACCCUGAAGCACGUGAUUUACGAUCUCAGAACGAGAAUCUGCAGCGUGGUGAGCCAGUUUCAAGUGAGGGUUGAUCAGGCUGAUGAGUCCAAACUAGAAAAUGACUUGGCGUUCAAGACUCGCGUCCGUGAAAUCCUUCACCAAGCUUACAGGCUAGGCUUUGAUUAUCAUCGGGAGGUGAUUCGGAUUUUCCAGGCGAACAAGCAGCUAGUCAAGGGAUUGGUCAGCUUCGCUGAGCUCUGGAUUGAGUUUGUGGUAACCAGGUGUGAGCGGGGCCGUGGAUUGAGACCCAGAUGGGCUCACCAUGGGUUAGAAUUCCUGAUUAUGACCUGCGAACCAGCAAACACUGAGUUCUUGGAUGAGCAAGACUUUGCCGAGCUGAAAACCAAGAUGGAAGCAUGCUGGGCUCACAUAAUUGGAGAAGCGGAGGUUGUUUCCGAUGAGCUGAAGCCUCUUCCACUGUCCAGGACCACGUCGCCCAGAAUCAGCGUCAAGGACCUGAAGGGUUGCAAAGAGAACGUCAGCUUGAUCAUGUUCAAAGUUGGAAUGGGCGAAGUUCCUGCUAUGCCUAAGAACUUGUGCAAUGAAGGGAUCGAUUUGAUUGAAAAGUCCCUGCAGCAUGAUGCUAAGAAAAGGCCGCAUGCUAAUGAUCUUCUGGCUCAUCCUUUUGCUAGGAAUUAUGAUGAUGUUAAUGUCGAGCUGCUAAGUCGCAUUGUUGUCUAG